AUGGUGGGAGAGUGGAGCUUGUUAAAGGAUGUCUCCGAAUGGAAGCCCCGUCUUGAACCAAAGAAAGUGAUUUUUGGGAAUAUUGAGGUAAAGUUGACGAUGUUGGACCGAAUUAAAGAGGGCCAAAUGAAAGAGCCAACGGUACAAAAGUGGGUGGAAAGAGUAAAGAAAGGAGACUUGCCUGAUUUUAACCUAAGUUCUGAUGAAAUUCUAAAGUUUCGAAACCACGUCGUUGUACCCAAGGAUGAAGAACUGAAAAGGGAGAUUUUAGAGGAAUCUCACCGUUCUAGUUGGAACUUAGUGCUGGAAAGUGUAUCAUUUGAAGUGCCAGUAGCAGUGUGGCCAAUGUAUGCUGAGCAGCAGAUGAAUGCCUUUUUGAUAGUUAAGGAUUUAGGCAUAGCUGCAGAGAUUAAAAUGGAUUACAAGAAUGAUAUUAUGAAUGAAAAUGAUGUUAUUGUGAAAUCUAAUGAAAUAGAGGAUGGAAUUCGAAAAUUGAUGCAGCCAGACAGUGAAAUAAGGAGAAAGGUGAAAGACUUGAUGGAGAACGCAAGAAUACCCUUAGUGAAGGGCGGUUGA